AUUAGUCACUUUGACAGUUCAAAGGUAUCAAAAUGAAAAAAUUACGGUCGAAUUCUAAAUUUAAACUGCCUGCAGUACAAUAUGUAUUCGGGCAACCCUCGACGUCUCAAAGUUCUGGAGGUGUAUCGAUACAAACUGGAAGCCCAUUGCCAAAAUGCUUCCUAUUCCGUCAUCGUUAUCUCCUGUACGUUAUGGUUAGUAUCGGACUUUGCUGCGCCAUAGCAAUGGAAAACAGCAUACUACAUGGGGUACUACAAAAGCGUCGAUCUGUCGAUCCCAAUAAAACAUGCGAUAUUCCCCUUGAAAGUCUAGGACACCGUACAGACUUUUUUUUCCAUACUGUAAUCUUCGAGUGGAGCAGAUUUACCCAGGACCUGUUUAUCACUUCGUUCUAUUGGGUUAACAUCUUCUCACAGUUUGCUGCAGGUUAUGUCGCCGAUCAGUACGGAGAGUAUGGAAGUUACGAUUUCGUGGUGAUCGGAGCCGGGGCUGGUGGUUCCGUUGCUGCUAGUCGUCUUUCAGAAAUCGAAAGCUGGAACGUCUUAGUACUUGAAGCUGGAGUGUAUGGAGACAACGCCACCGAUGUACCUGAUUUGUACACUCCUGUUCGAUACACCAACUACAACUGGGCAUACAAUAGCACACCACAGAAAACAUGCUGUUUAGGUGCUCAAAACCAAAUUUGUUUGUAUCCUCGAGACAGAGGCGUUGGUGGCAGUACCUUAAUCAACGGUUUAGUAUACGCUCGAGGCUAUAAAUCCGAUUUCGACAGAUGGGAAAAGUUUGCCAACGAUAAGCGAUGGGGGUACGACUCGGUACUCCGUUACUUCAAAAAAUCUGAGAAUUUUGUUCAUAACGACAAACAGGCACCCUAUGAUCCUGCGUACCAUGGAACCGGAGGCUAUCUACAAGUGACGUACCACCAGCCGCAGAGUCCACAAUUGAAUGCUUUUUUGGAAGCUAACAAAGAACUAGGUUUCGAGAUUGCAGACUAUAACGCAAACAAGCUAGGAGCGUCACCGGUUCAAACAAACACAAACGCUAGUUUACAAGGGAGUCCUUUAAGAGCUUGUAGAAAGCACAAGAACCUUUCUGAAAGUUACUGGUACUGCGCUAUACGACAAGUGUCUUCCAACUUGUACCAUCCGCUGGGAACCUGUCCCAUGGGAACCGAUCCUAUAAACGGAGCUGUUGUUGAUUCAAAAUUGAAGGUUUUUGGUUUCAGGAAUCUGAGAAUUGCGGAUGCUAGCGUUUUUCCUUCCCCUUUGGCAGGUCACCCGAAUGCACCUACUGUUAUGGUCGGAGAACAGCUGGAAGAUCUAGUUAAGCUCACUUACAACGGAAAGUAUGACUAA